GAUGCCUUUCUGCUAGCGACAGCGGCUUGCCUGUGACAGCGAGAUCAUGGGCAGCGGCGGGCAUUUCCUCCAAUGAAAGCAGGAUGGGACCAUCACAACCCCCAACCCGUGAGCGCCAGCGAUGACUUUAACAUGCUUGCAAGUGGAGUUGCUGGUGAUGGAAAGAUCUCUAAAGACAUCUCACCCUGUAAGGAGCAGGCUGCGCAACUCUGUACAGAAGGAGACCGCUGCCUGGCCACUGAUGAGUUGUCCCUUGCUACGGCCUACUACAUGGCUGCAUUCAGCGUCAGUGCCCCAGUGGCUGUGGAGAAGGUCUUGUCGCUGGGGAAGGAGUCUCGGCUGAAAGUGACCACAACCUUGGAGGCAUGGUGUCAAGGGGGGAGCCCCAUCCCCAAGGUUCCGUGUGGCAACCUCACCCCUCCGGCACCCAAUGUCGGGAUCGCGGCCGUCUUCCUCUCGACCCUAAGCCCCCACAACAUGGCCGCCACGCUUUACAAGAUGGAGGCCCUGCUCCGAGUAGGCCGCUGCCAGGAAGUAGUGAGCCGGUGUGAUUCCCUGCUCGACGCCCACCCCAGUUUGGAGCUGCUGCUGACCCGCGCGUUGGCCCUGGUCGUGUCGGGGUGCCAAGAUGGAGUCGUGGAGUAUCUCCGUGCCUUCGGGAAGUGUCAAGAGGAGACGGUGGAGUUCGUGCGCAGCAGGCACAAGGAGUAUUUGCAGCAGAUACUCCAGGCUGCCUUUGAUUUCAUCGCCUGUCAGAAGAACAGUGUCUCUAGCCAGGGCCUAGAAAGUUGGCAAGGGGGCUGCUAUAACUUCCUGGUUGCCAUAGCGCCUGAGGACAUCCGUGUCUGCCAAGCCUGGGCUGCACACCUCUUUGAGAGACACAAAUAUCAGGAAUGUGUGUCUGUCUACAGCAAGGCUUUAGAGGCCUUGUCCGCCAGCAGUGCAUUGUGGGACGAAAGAGCUUCCGACCUUCUCAUGGACAGGGCUGCCGCUUACUUCUCUCUGGGCGGGCGAGUGGAGGCAAUGAUACGGGACCUGACCGCCGCUUUCGAGGCCAAACCCAGCCUGGCAAAGAGCCACUUUGAGGCGCUUUUCUCGGCUAGUGAUGCGGAGCGAAUCGAGAAGCAUGCCAGGGCAGCUUUAGAUGCGGAGUUUGUGGCGUACCGGGAAGCCGUGCGCACCCGACCAGAAGUCCGAAGCGACAGCGGCAAAGAGAUGCUCUCGGCGGUUCUCCGCACCCUGAAGUUCCUCAUCCAGAUCGCCCCAGGAGCCAGGCGUGAACUAAAUGUCCGUCUGGCAGAUUGCUACCUCUUGGAGGGGAAUACCAAGGAGGCCUUGGAGAUCUGCAACCACCUUCUGGAAUCUGAGCAGGAGACCUACCACAACACCCUCCUCGCCCUCCGGGGUUUUUGCCACCUUCAGGCCAACUGCCACCAAGAAGCCCUUCAGGACUUCCAGAAGAUUGUAGAACACAACUCCCCACACCCCAGCAGCUGUGUCAAAGCGUUGUGUGGCCGUGGUUUGAUCCGGGCCUUGGGCGGAAGUCCGUACCUUACAGCCCUGGACUAUAUCACGGCCUGCAGGCUCAGAUCUGAGGACACCGCCUUUGCCAUCAAGUCCUACGUACCGUGGAACCAAAGAGGUUUCCUUCUGACUGUUCUGCAGGAAGAAGCCCAGAAGAUCCUGGGAAAGAAUCCCAAUCAAAGCGGCAACUCGGCUCCCCAGCAAAACAGGUUGGGAACAUUGAAUGGAUUCCAAACGAAAGAAGGGGAUGCAUCUGGGGUCCACCAGUUAGCUGUUCUUCUGAUGGAGCUGGAUGCAUCCUCUGAGCCAUCUCAGAUACUGUGUGCCGAUGCUCUCUAUCAAAUGGACCGAGGGGAGGAAGCCCAUAAGAUCCUCCUGGUGGCUCUUUCCAAAACAUCUCAGAAAUCUGCGAUCCUCGCUAGGCUGGCUCUGCUUCAGCUGAAGAAAGGCUUUUUAUAUGAUUGCAACCAGAUCCUGAAGAAAAUGAUCCAAACUGGAGACAUCUGCUGCUUCCAGACAUUUGUGAAGGUUUUGAGAGACGAAGACCAGCAGCUGAUGCAGAAGCACUGCCAUGCCAGGGCCGUGACCAUCCUGAAGCACAAGCCAGGGGAGGGCUAUUUCAAAGAGGCCAUCCUCUACCUCUCCUUUGCCAUCGCAGCUGCUGGGGGCUUUGCUGUAGAUUCCCUUCUCACCCGGGCCCGGUGUUACGGGCACCUUGGGCAGAAGAAAACCGCUAUCUUUGAUUUCAAUGCCAUCCUAAAAGUGGACCCUGGGAAUGUCCAGGCUCUGAGUGGCAGAGGAUUCAUCCAUCUCUCCCUGAACCAGAAAAAGGAAGCGGUGCAGGAUCUGACCUCUGCCCUCAAAGCCGACCCAGGCUUGGCGGCUGCAGAAAUCCUGUCCUUAAGACGGGAAGCCCAGUCCCUGAUCCAUGGAUGGCUGCUUGAACAUUGCAGAGCGGUGUUGCUGGAACUCAGCGCCGCGAAAGAGCCACCAGCGGAAGAGGUGCUGAAGGACCUCGCUGUGGUCGGGGAGUCGCUCGUAAAGAUCCGUAGCAAGGAGACCGAGAGUCACAUCCUGUAUGUGGACAUCUUAGCUGCAGAGGGGAGACACAAAGAAGCUCUGGCCUACCUUCAGGAAUCGUUUGGCCAGUCUAUGCCGGACGAUUCGGUCAAUUCUCGCUUGGGCAUCCUUCAGGCCCAAAGAAGAAACGUGCACACGGCAGCCCAUAUUUUGGCCAAUUUAGCUGCAAACGAUUACAAAGACUUAGGAUUCCUGAUGAACUUCUUGGACAACAAACAACGACAGAGCCUUGCUCAGGUCGCUUCCAAAGAAGGAAAUGCCUUGGCGAGGGACCAUUGCCACACCAAGGCCGUGGGCUACUAUUCGUUGGCCGUCCUGGCAAGCAACCGCAACCCUCAGUACCUGCGCCAGCGUGCCAUGUGCCUGGCCCACUUGAACGACUACCGGGGGGCUUUGAAGGACAUGGAGGCGGUGGUCCGAAAUCACCGGACAACCGGCCGGCGGACUCAGAUUGAGGAUUUCUGCUCCCAAGGACGUAUGCUCUUAUCCGUUGCAGAGGAGGGAGCCGCCGUGAAGCAGUACAUCAAAGCCCUCCAGCUCGAGCCGUCCGUGGCUCUGACCACUAUCCCCGCUGGCCCCGAGCGAGAGGCGCUUUCCAAAGCCUUUGUGCGAACGGCGCAAUCGGACGUUGCGGCGGGGCAUCACAGAGAGGCUUGGGCGACGGUGGAAUAUGGUCUGAUGGUCAACCCCGACGACGACGAGCUGAAGAAGCUGAGAGCCAAAAUGAAACGGGAGGGAUCGGGUUGCCGGGUCCAUUAAGGGAGGGUUUCUCAUAGGAACAUAGGGAACAUAGGGAACUGCCAUGUACUGAGUCAGACCAUUGGUCUAUCGAGCUCAGGAUUGUCUACCCAGACUGGCAGCGGUUUCUCCAAGGUU